CUGCUCCGGGAGCGCCCCGGGACCGGCUCGGGCCCCCCGGAACCGCCCCGGAACAGCCGCGGCUCCACCUCCGCACUCUCCUGCGGCUCCCUCCCCGCCCCGGGGCCGGCGCGGGGCUCGGCGGGGCCGGCCGGGGAUGCCGCGGCGCGGCCCGCGCCAUGUGGUACAUCAUGCAGAGCAUUCAGAGCAAGUACUCGCUGUCCGAGCGCCUCAUCCGCACCAUCGCCGCCAUCCGCUCCUUCCCUCGCGACAACGUGGAGGAUCUCAUCGGCCGGGUGAGGGGGAGUUCCUGACCAGGGGGCGUUGCUGUGCUCCCCAGGGUGCCGAUGUGAACUGCCUGCAUGGCACCCUCAAACCCCUGCACUGUGCCUGCAUGGUGGCUGACGCCGACUGCGUGGAGCUGCUGCUGCAAAAAGGAGCCGAGGUGAACGCCCUGGACGGCUACAACCGGACAGCCCUUCACUAUGCAGCAGAAAAAGAUGAAACCUGCGUGGAGAUUUUAUUGGAGUACGGAGCCAACCCCAACGCCCUGGACGGCAACAAGGACACGCCGCUGCACUGGGCGGCCUUCAAGAACAACGCCGAGUGCGUGCGGGCCCUGCUGGCCAACGGCGCCCUGGUCAACGCCCUGGACUACAACAACGACACCCCCCUGAGCUGGGCGGCCAUGAAGGGCAACCUGGAGAGCGUCAGCAUCCUGCUGGACUUCGGCGCCGAGGUGCGCGUGGUCAACCUGAAGGGCCAGAGCCCCAUCUCGCGCCUGGUGGCGCUGCUGGUGCGGGGCUUAGGCACGGAGCGCGAGGAUUCCUGCCUGGAUUUGCUGCACAGAGCCACGGGACACUUUGAGCUGCGCAAGAACGGGAGCCUGCCCUGGGAGGUGGCGCGGGACCCGCAGCUGUGCCAGCGGCUGACGCGGCUGUGCUCGGCGCCGGGCACGCUGCAGGCGCUGUCGCGCUACGCCGUGCGCCGCUCGCUCGGCCUGCGCUUCCUGCCCCAGGCCGUGCAGCAGCUGCCGCUGCCCGCCUGCCUCAAGGAGUACCUGCUGCUGCUCACCUGAGGGAGGCACCGCUGCCCUUCCCUCGGAUCGCCCCUCGCUCCGGGGAGAGCAGCCCCGCUCACUUUGCGGCUUCCCAGGUUCCUCUCUGCGGUUUUUGUUCCCCUCGGCCGCCCAGGACCCUGCUGACCCCUCACGCUGCCUCCCUUUCCUCCCCUCGUCCCUUUCAUUUUGUCCCCUCCAUUUCUCCCCGUUCUCUCACGCUCCCUCCACUUCCUCCUCUCUGUUCCCUCUGCUUCUCUCCCUGUCCCCCCCUUUCACUCCCCUGCAAUGAACAAUAUCCUUCUGAUGGCAAAUUAUAUUCCAGCUGUUGGAUUAA